UCUAUCAAUUAUCCUAGACACAGUGGAAUGGAUGAGCAAACCAUGUGAUGUUUAAGCAAAUGAAAAUGUCUUUUCUGUGGUCUUCAUUAUUGUAUUUGUGGAAUAAGUGACAACAACGUUAGUCCGAGCUCAAUUAAUGUCUUAAAUAUAUCAAAAAGCAUUUCAGAAAAAAGAUACAUCAUGGAUGUUUUGACUGACUUAAUCACAUGCCCGAUUUGCAUAGAAACGUUCGAUAGUCCUCGCUUAUUGCCGUGUCAACAUACUUUCUGUGAGCGAUGUAUGACGUCGUAUAUUUCAAACUGCCUCGCCCAUGCGCAGCGCAAAUCAAAGACGAACCAAUUAAAAUUCAUUAAUUGCCCAGUUUGUAGGAAAAGAACAUAUAUUAAAAGUAAAAGUAGUUUGGAUGGCAACGUUUUUCCAAGAAAUUUCGUCAUCCAAACUUUAAUUGAAAGCCAAUGCAUUUUCGAAAGUUCAAACAGACGAAACAAAAUGGCGAGAGUGACUUGUGAACGUUCGACUCAAACUGGGGAAGAAAAACUUGUGAUAAAACAAAGCAAGUGUUCUAAAAAGAAACACAAGGCGACAUCAAACGUUCGCGGAUGCUUACACCAUCGGUUAGUUCCGAUGCCUUCCCAGUCGAAUAAAAUAAUGCAGACAGAUACAGUUGUUGGUGACUGUAACUUGCAGGAUCUCGGCGAAAAAGUGGUCAUAAUAAACGAGAAUUAUUUUUCGCUGGAGUGCAUAUUGAUGAAAGGCGUUAUGGGUCCUUUCAUUCAAAACAUUGAGCGAUUUGAUACAAGCAAAAGUUUAAAGCGUAUAAUCAGCUCUUUGAUUAUACUCCUGUUCUGUACAAUAAUGUACAUGAAAUGUUGGAACUAUUUUACGACUUUGGAAAUUUGCAUUUGCAAAAGUGUUCUUAUUUAUUUCACAAUAACGUUUGUUCGACAGCUAUGCACUUUAAAAUUCACUGAAAGAACUCUGGCCAGUACAGCCGACAAGCUUGUUGGAAAAUCAGCAGAUAAAGUGACUACCGGUAGUCGCUAUCGAAAGGAAACAAUUCGUUGUCGACUCAGACUUAUGUCGGAAAUUAAGCACAUCGUUUACUCCUCCAUGUUUCACAUUUUAUAUAUUGGAGUGGUUGUCGUCUCGAUAUUUUCUGUCGUGUUUUGCAUUACAUUUAUUAAUAAUUUAACAAUUGUUUUCACCGGCAGUGGAACACUUUAUUCCGUAGGCGCAGACGAAUGGAAAUGUGUAAGAUUACUGAUGAUAUUUUUAGACACAACCGAUGGAGUUUUUAAGGUCAUAAAUGGUAUCGUUGCCGAUUUUGAAAACUCUAAAUUGGAGAAUAUUUUACAGACAAUAUUUGGAAAAUAAAGAAAUUGUUUCCACAUAUAUGUAUAAUCAUUGUAUUAAAUAUAUCUUUUAAUAAAUGAUGAAUUUCAACAAAUUGUUUCAGGACAAAUAAAAUUGAAACGGU